AUGAUGGAGCGCGACUUGUGGGGAUUCUUCGAUGGGUCGGCAUCGAAGCCCACGACGGACGCUUCAACCGCGGAGAAGGAAGCGUGGGUGCGCAAGGACAAAAAGGCGUUUGCCUUUCUUGUCUCCAAGCUAAGCCUCCAACUCGUCCCGAUCGUGAGCCCUUGCAUCGACCGUGACGGCGCGACUCGUGAAGCGUGGAAGCGACUCGAAGGAGAGCACGUCUCCAAGUCACUUCAUAGCAAGCUUCAAGCGCGCCUCGACUUCUUCACGGUGCGGAUGAAGGACGGCGAGUCAAUACGCGCGUACGUUAACCGCGUGGAGGAGCUUGGCGAGCGUUUGGUGGAACUCGACGCGAGCGUGGAGGACAACGAUUGGAUCAUGACGCUCCUCGCGGGCCUCGGUGAAGCAUGGUCAACGGUGAUCACGAUGUUGGAUGGGACGCAAGAUACAUGGAAGAAGGAGCAAGUGGUGGCACGCCUCAUCAACGAAGAGGCGAGGCGCGCGAAGUUGCAUGGCGAUGCAAUCGGCGCGGCACACUUCUCCCGCGAUGCGAAGGCGAAAGGGUCGGGUCACUUCAAGCGGCGCAACGACGGCAACAACCGCAGGAGUUCGAACGGGAGCGCGGCGACCUCAAGCUCAUCACGAGGAGGAUCGGCCAACGCCAAUCGAGCUCGGGCGCGAGAUGGAGCUUGUCGGUUUUGCAAGAAGACGGGACAUUGGUGGCGCGAUUGUCCCGUUAAACCGGCAAAUUGGAGGCCGUCUUCAAGUGACGACAACCGGCGCGCGCAUGUGGCGACAUGCGACAACAACGACCGGGACUUCGUCUUCGUCGCAAGUGGAACGACCGUCGGUGGUGUUGACGCGUGGGUACUCGAUACGGGUGCUACUCAACACAUGACGGCGAGCGCGACGCUUCUCAACAACGUGACAACGGUGGCUCCCGUUAGGCGCGUGAUGUUCGGCAACCGUGACACCUUGGAUGUCACGGGACAAGGCGACUUGCGGCUCAUGGUGGACGGCGGUCCACUCACCAUCAAGAACGUCUUGGUGGUUCCCGGGCUCGGCGCCAACCUCCUAUCCGUUUCUCAAUUUACACGCAAGGGGAUGCGUGUGAAUAUUGAAGGGACCACGAUGGCGUUGAGCACGGCGGACGGCGUACACAUCGGCACGGCACGCCAAGCGGGAGGACUCUUCAUGCUCGACGCUCUUCCGAGCGUGGCGAGGGCUCAAGCGGCUACCUCGACAACAACUCUCUCGACGUGGCAUAAUCGGUAUGGCCACCUCAACCACGCCGCUAUUCAAGCUAUGGCAACGAAGGGGAUUGCGGUUACGUUGGCAACAUGGAUUCGCAACCGGUGCGUGACCAAGGCGUUGCCGAACACGACGCCUCUUGAGGCUUGGAGCGGUACGAAGCCGGACGUCACCGACCUUCGCACGUUUGGGUGUACGUGCUACUACCAUGUCCCGGAUGCCACACGGACCAAGCUUGAGGCGAAGGCGCGGGUGGCGAUGUACUUGGGUCCAAGCGCGGAUCACAAGGCGUGGCGUGUGUGGGACUUGGAGCACGGGAAGCUCGUGGUGUCGCGCGACGUGGUGUUCUACGAAGACACCUUCCCGUCCAAGUUGAUGCACGUGCCCUCGGUCAUCAUUGUCCCUCCCCCCUUGGAUGCCGCGGAUGAGGCGGAUGUUGCUCCUACGGCUUCUCCUCCUCGUACGAGUGAGGGGGAGAAUGGAUCGGGUGCGGUUGGAGUGAGUGCGGAUGAAGAACAUGCCAAGGAAAGUGACCCUUCAUCUCCUCCUCCUAAAAUCACUCCCACCCUCGCAUCCAAUCGCACUCGGAGGACUCCUCGUCCCAACUCCAAGUUGGAUGACUACUCUCUUGUGGCGGGGGAUGACAAGGGAGGGGGAGAUGCUAUGUGUCUUGAGGCAUACACCGACACACCGUCCACCUACCAAGGCGCCAUGAGCUCGGCGGAAGCGGCGGAAUGGGAACGUGCGCUUCAAGCGGAGUACGAUUCGCUCAUGGCGAACGACGUCUACGAGCUCGUCCCCAUGCCCCCCGGCGCCUACCUCGUUGGCUCUCGUUGGACCCUUGUAGCGGACGUGAAGACGAAGCUUGCCGCCGAAUUCUCCAUGCGUGACCUCGGCGCCGUCUUCCACUACCUAGGGAUGCACAUUGAUCGCGAUCGAGGGAACAAGACCCUCGCUCUCCACCAACAUAAGUACUUGGAGAGUGUGGUGGAUCGCUUCGGCAUGAUCGAGAGCAAGCCUACACCGACACCUAUGGAAGCGGCGUUUCAUCCCUUGGCGUCUGUCCUUUCCGUCUCGUCAAACCUCGAUUCGUCCUUCAUCAUUCGCCCGCAUAUUCUUCCUGUCACCAAACCCAGCCUCCGCUCCCUCCGCUUCCUUCGUUCUCCAUGGCAUCGCAUGUCGGACGUGCCAUGGCUGCAUGACGUGGCAUGGGUGCAUGACGUGCCAUGGUUCCAUGACGUGGCAUGGCUGCAUGACGCAAGGCGACGCUGUGUGAGCAGAUCGUACAGCAGCCGUUGCUCUGCAUACGUCAUCCUCUUCUCUAUCCCCCACACAUUUGUUGCCUCCCUUCACUCGUCUUAUCUUUCUCCAGGAGUGUUGGGGGGAACAGCGUCGGGCAAGACGACGGUGUGCGAGCAGAUAAUACAGCAGCUGAGGGACCACCGCGUGGUGCUCAUUGACCAGGACUCCUCUUCACUCCUCUCCGCCCCUCUCCAUCCCACUCGCUGUCACUCCUCACCUCACCAUCACUCUCUCCCGGCAGGAGUGUCAGGGGGAACAGCGUCGGGCAAGACGACGGUGUGCGAGCAGAUCAUACAGCAGCUGUUGCACUGCAUACGUCAUCCUCUCCUCUAUUCCCCACACAUGUGCGUGUCAGGUGGCACGGCAUCGGGCAAGACGACGGUGUGCGAGCAGAUUAUACAGCAGCUGAGGGACCACCGCGUGGUGCUCAUCGACCAGGACUCCUUCUACCGCUCCCUCACGCCCGAGGAGCUCGAUAGAGUCACCGAGUACAACUUCGACCACCCAGACGCGUUUGACUCGGAGGCGAUGCUGGAGACGAUUCAGGGGCUCAAGGAGGGGCGGGCCGUGGACAUCCCCACCUACUGCUUCAAGACGCACCGCCGCGGCACCGCCAAGCGCCAGGUGAACCCAGCGGACGUGGUCAUCUUGGAGGGAAUCCUGGUGUUCCACGACCCGGCGGUGCGCGCACACAUGAACAUGAAGAUCUUCGUUGACACCGACGCUGACGUGCGCCUCGCCCGGCGCAUCCGCAGAGACACUGUGCACCGCGGAAGAGAUGUGCAGAGCGUGAUUGAGCAGUACGCCAAGUUUGUGAAGCCGGCGUUUGACGACUUUGUGCUGCCCACCAAGAAGUUUGCUGACAUCAUCAUCCCACGCGGCGGAGACAACCACGUGGCAGUGGACCUCAUCGUGCAGCACAUCCGCACCAAGCUGGGGCAGCACGAUCUACGGAAGAUCUACUCGAAUGUCUUUGUUAUUGAGUCCACAUUCCAGAUCCGGGGCAUGCACACUCUCAUUCGCAAUCGUGACACGCGCAAGCACGACUUCGUGUUCUACGCGGACCGGCUGAUCCGGCUGGUGGUGGAGCACGGGCUGGGCCACCUGCCCUUCGUGGAGAAGCAGGUCGUCACCCCCACCGGCUCCACCUAUGUUGGUGUCGACUUCUGCAAGAACCUCUGCGGGGUUUCCAUCAUACGCAGUGGCGAGAGCAUGGAGAAUGCGCUGCGAGCAUGUGUGAAGGGCAUCCGCCUGGGGAAGAUUCUCAUUCACCGUGAAGGGGACGACGGGAAGGAG